UGCAGUACAGUCUGUAGUCUUGUGUCGGCCAAUCAGAGCGCAGCAGGCGAGCCUCCCUGAACCUGGGUGAGGAAUGUGAGCCCAUGAGUUUUGGCGUGAUGUGUAAAAGUGUGGAGCAGUGAGUCAUGGAGGUGGUGUGAGUCGGCUGGGCUAUAAACACCACACCCUGUCCUGGUCCGGUCCACAACUGAGCUGCUGCUGCUGCUUCUCUGAAGGUGGGCUCAUCAUGGCGCUGGUGUCUGAGUUCCUGGGUCAGCUGACGCUGUCGUAUGGAGGGGAGGCGGAGCCUAAAUUCCCGACUGUGGUGCCGGCGCGAGACUUCGACCCAGCCCGAGACGCUGCCAGGAUCGACACUGCCAUCAAAACCAAAGGAGUCGAUGAACAAACCAUCAUCGACAUCCUGACGAGACGCAGCUGUGAACAACGCAAAGAGAUCGCAUUCGAGUAUGAGAGAUACGCCAAGAAGGACCUGGUGGUGGCCCUGAAGGGGGCGCUGUCGGGUUCUCUGGAGGCGCUGAUGCUGGGUCUGAUGAAGAGCACCGCUGAGUACGACGCCUCUGAGCUCAAAGCCUCCAUGAAGGGUCUGGGAACAGACGAGGAGACGCUCAUCGAGAUCGUCUGUUCCAGAAGCAAUGAGGAGAUGAUGGUGAUCAAGAGGGUCUACAAAGACAUGUUUAAAAAGGAGCUGGAAAAAGACGUUGCAGGAGACACGUCUGGAAACUUUGCCAAACUGCUGCUGGCUCUAGUGGAGACGAGGAGAGACGAACCAUCCAAUGUGAUCGACUAUGUGAAGAUCGAUGAAGACGCUCGGUGUUUGUAUGAAGCUGGAGUGAAGAGGAAGGGAACUGACGUGGCCACAUGGAUCAGCAUCAUGUCCCAGAGGAGUGUCCCACACCUGCAGAAAGUGUUCGAGCGCUAUAAGAGCUACAGCCCCUAUGACAUGAAGGAGAGCAUCAGGAAGGAGGUGAAGGGCGACCUGGAGAAGUCCUUCCUGACGUUGGUCGAAUGCUUCGAGAACAAGCAGCUGUACUUCGCCAACAGACUCAGUGAAGCCAUGAAGAGUAAAGGUGCGAAGGAGAAGGUUGUGACCCGGAUCAUGGUUUCACGCUGCGAAGUCGACCUAAUGAGGAUAAGAACAGAAUUCAAGAGGCAGCACAAGAGGUCACUGUACCAGACCAUCGCUGAACACACUAAAGGAGAUUAUCAGAAAGCUCUGCUCAGCCUCUGUGGAGGAGAUGACUGAAUCAUCACUCCGGACUCCAUUUCCCAUCAUUCCUCUAUCAGCUUCACCUCACUUCAGUUCUACAGUAUUAAAGUCUGUUCAUUUUUUUUUUUUUUUUUUUUUAAAUCAAAUGCACCAUUUCCUGUUCUGUGUUAGCUGCGCAAUAAAUAAAUAAAACAAACAAAUAAAACACUUUCCACAU